AUGUUUCAUCUUACAUUAAGGACAUUAAUCAUAUUUGCUUUAUUUCUCUGCGUCAGCUGCCAACGCGACGGAGAAUACAUAAAACUGUUGAGACAACUUAAAAGACAGACACAUGAUUAUGGAACCAGUUCUACAGGAACCGAUAUAAAAUUGCUUGACCGUGCUGAAAUAAACGAUAACUUCGUACGGCCAAUGUUAAGGAGUAAUUCAUUUGUUUCAAAUAACGGCGAGACCAAAAAAAGGCGUUUCCUCAAGGGGGAGCAUGAAGGGAGAGUUAGGGAAAUCAUCGCCUUCGUGAAAACGCAUCCGCUCACGGCUAAAUAUUUCUACGACGAGGUGCAAAGGAUCAAACGACAGAACGUAGUGAAGGACGACCUGAGGAAAAUGGUGACCCUGUUAGAACGCAUGCCCGAUCUCAAAAAGGAAAUAUUGGACUUGUUCCAGAAAUAUCUCAAGAACGUUGUAAAAGUGACGGACUUUUGGGCGCGUCCGCCCAAUGACCUCGUCAUUAAUCCCUUCGGCGGGGCCUUUAUCGACUCUACAUACACU